UUCUUCUUCUUCUUCUUCUUCAUCUGCUCCUCCUGUCUCAGUUCAUACAUCUUUAAGCUCACAUUAGUACCAUAGUUUGGUUGCUACUGUAAAUAUUAAUUAAUUGGCUUAAUGUCCUAAAGAAUAAGAAAAAGAGAGAGAGAAAGAGAACCAUGAAAGAGAGUGGAAGAAAACAAGGAGCGCUGUCACCAUGCGCGGCGUGCAAGCUGCUCAGGAGGAGAUGCGCUCACGACUGCGUGUUCGCUCCUUAUUUCCCAGCUGAUCAGCCCCAGAAAUUCGCUAUUGUUCACAGGGUCUUCGGUGCCAGCAAUGUCAACAAGAUGUUACAGGAAUUACCAGAGCCCCAGAGGAGCGAUGCGGUGAGCUCGAUGGUGUACGAAGCGAACGCGAGGGUGCGAGACCCUGUGUAUGGCUGCGUUGGGGCCAUAUCGUCGCUUCAGCAGCAAGUCGACGUGCUUCAGAACCAGCUCGCGCUCGCGCAGGCCGAAGUCGUCCACAUGCGCCUGCAAACGCAUCAGUUCCCUUCGACCUCGAGCUCAGCCAUCGACGCCGCCGGCAACGACAACUCGCGGGGGUGCGACUCGCAUUCCAGGCGGUCAUACUUUCCCCUGAACGAGGUUGAUCAAACCGACGUUGAGGACUCUUUGUGGUCAUGACAUGAUUUAUUUCUGAUGCUGCCUAUACUUUUCUCAUACAUUCGUUAGCAGAUCUUCGAACUUACUCACUAGCUAGCUAUAAAGUCGUGGUUCUCAUGCAUGCAAUCUCUCUCGUCCCCUCGGAUUUGUACCUGACAUCACGGAGCUUGACUGUUCAUCAGAAUGUAUAGCAAUAGAGAGACGUUUUCACGGGUGUUAAAACUUCUCCAUGAUCAUGUGUUAAUGUUUUAUAUAAAGUUUCAGAAUGGCUACAUUUCCCUAUC